AUGAGUCGGGGGGGGAGCGUCGGGUCCGCCGGGGCCAAGGGAGGGAAGAAGAAGGGGGCAACGACCUUCACCAUCGACUGUGCGAAGCCAGUGGAGGACAAGAUCAUGGACAUCGCUUCCCUCGAGAAGUUCCUUCAGGAGCGCAUCAAGGUCGCCGGCGGGAAGCCCGGAGCUCUCGGAGACUCGGUCACCGUCUCCCGCGACAAGAACAAGAUAACCGUCACCUCUGAGGGCCCUUUCUCCAAGAGGUAACGUUUCUUCGUCUCCACAAUCGGGGAUGCUCUGCAGGGCAUUUCUCACACAUCUGCUUUUCCAUGAUCCGAAAUUUGGGUUGCAUAGGAGUUUUGCGCAAUUUUGAAUAAUCAUUAUAAGUUGAAUUAAGAGGUCAAGAUCUUCGACCAACGUAGCUGGGAGUUUAAGACAUCCGCCGAGUCAGUCUCAUCUGGAAUUGUUCAUUUCAUCAAUGGCUAUCUUAUUAAUAUUUAAUGAGUUUAUUAGUACCACAGGAAAGACCACUUGCGGAAGCAUUAUCUCCCAGUGAGGACGCCUAUUUUAGCUAUUUGUGAACAUUUGUUAUUUACUAUUGUCUAUAUAGAAAAUCAUCUUAUUUUUUUCUUUGUCGCUGAAGAGUGUAUCAGACGCAAUAGAUCUACAUAGGAGUUAUAGCAGUCUUGCAUUUCCUUUGCAAAGUGGUGUGAAGAUUCAUGAUUUGUUGAUGAAUUAUGUCUCUGUUUUGGUUUUUUCUGUAUUUUCGAUGUGAGCAAGUGUCAGUCUCCGAGAUCACGGAGGGGUAAGUGAGAGCGCACUUCUGUAUCUUGUGUGGAACUUGUCCGGAGAACUACUCUAGUCGUGAUUCUUCUGUACAAGCUCAUAGUAACAUCAAUCAGUGAUCAAGAUCAUAAUCCCUAUUAUUUUGCAAGUGUUUGCAUGACCGACAAUGUGAGCUGGUGCUUUUCGUAACAUCAAAAUAAGUUAAAGUGGCUUCGUGCCAUAGAAAUCCCGUCCCUUGCGUAGAAGUAGGCAUGAAAGAACUUCACCAUUAUUAUUUACGUUCGAUAACUGGCUGAUUUUCUCGCUGUUAUGAGUCCGGUCAAAGUAUUCUCAAGAAAGGUGGCCAAUUUAGGAAGUUCCAAAUCCAUACCUAGGUCUAACCUAGUCCAUACUUAUCUCCCUCAUUCAUGCUACAACUCUUUUUUUCUCUUCUCUUCUCCCAUCUGGGCUUCUGGUUCUAUUGAUCUUAUUAUUUUAUUUUAUGUUUAUAACGUAUUUAGUACUGUCUGGUGUGAUUUACUAGUAUUCCUAAUUUGAGAUAACUAGUCGCAUAUCAUUACUCUUUUGGUCGCCAGAAGAACUACCCAGUACUACCAUCUUGCUGGGGCUGUGAUUUCCCCGUUCAUAGUGGAGGAACCCUGGCUAUCACUGCGAACCACAUCAAUGGAUGGAUAUUAGGGUCACUUACCUCUCAAUGCCUAGACAAAACGGAAUAUUUUUUCAUGAAAUAAUGCCUCUAACUUUUGAACAUCCAGUUCCAUGAUAUGACUUCUCCAUCGUCAUAUGCUGGAUCAGGUUGUCGAUUUCUCAGCGGCCUUAUUUAGAAUGAUUGUGGGGCAAGUUCUUUCCAGUAGCCUAGAACUGGUCCCACUGAUGUCUCUCUGAAGCAGUUCUGAUUUUCUGUUGACAUGCAUGCAAUCUAAAACUGGGUUGUAUUUAUGAAUACCAGAGAAUGUUUUUGUCAAUAAUCAUACUUGAUUCAAGUUCUUAUGUUGCUUAUAUUUCCAAUCUAUCGAAUAUUUGCCCCUUGGUCAACCGCUUUCAGCCUGACAUGCCAUAUUUUUAGCGAGAAUUUGUUCAAUCACAAGUUAAAUCACUACUCUUCUCGAUGUUUAACGACCAUAUUGCUGUUUCUGGUCCUCUGCCAUCUUGAGAGUCUCUGAGAGGUGGGAUGGGGUGGCAUCCCUGAAUAUACCCGUUUUUUCUUUAACAUUAUCCCAUCUGGCACCAGUUUUGGGCCAAGAUUUCGCCCCAACCAGACAAUGAAUCAUCUGCGGGUCUCAAAUUUUCUCAGGUAUCUGAAGUACCUCACGAAGAAGUACCUGAAGAAGCACAACGUUCGGGACUGGCUGCGGGUGAUCGCAUCCAACAAGGACCGGAGUAUCUACGAGCUGCGGUACUUCAACAUCGCUGAGAACGAGGGGGAUGAGGAAGACUAA